UCAGAAGAGGACGGUGGAAGAGCAUCGCAGCUGUGUUUUAUUUCACUGUAAAGCAGUACCUAUCGCAGCAGCUGCUUGGGACUGUGUGAUGCUGUCUUGGGCUGCACAGAGAGUCUGGCUCCAGACUGAGAGUCGCCUGGUCUGCCCGUCCGAGAUGACAUGAAAUGGCCCCAGUGGAGAAGGACGCACUGUACAGACGAGUUCAGUGUCAUGAAACCAUCCAGGACUCUUCAGAUCAGUGACAAACCAAAGGAACUGGCAGCGCGAUCCAAGAGCAUGGUGCUUGGAGAGUUGUCUCGGGUCUCCAGGCCCUGUUCACCCCUGGAUCAAGAGAAAGCACUGAAGGCGGGCUGGCUGAAGAGACAGCGGAGCAUCAUGAAAAACUGGCAGCUGCGUUGGUUUGUCCUGAGGACCGAAGCUCUGUAUUUCUACAAGGACCAGGAUGAAAGCAAAGCACAGGGUUGUAUUCCUCUUCAGGGUAGUCAGGUCAAUGAGGUGCCUGCCAAUCAGGACGAGCCUGGCCGCCACCUUUUUGAAAUUGUUCCAGGAGGGACUGGAGAGAAGGAUCGAACCGGUAUAAGCCAUGAAUCAUUCCUGCUGAUGGCCAACUCUCAGAGUGACAUGGAGGAGUGGGUCAGAGCCAUACGUAGAGCGAUCUGGGCUCCUCUAGGUGGAGGGGUCUUUGGGCAGCACCUAGAGGAGACCAUGCUGUAUGAGGCCCAGUGUGGUCCUCAGCGCCUGGUUCCUGUGCUGGUCGAACAGUGUGUGGGCUUCAUACGUGAACAUGGGCUCAAGGAGGAGGGCCUUUUCAGGGCCCCUGGACAGACCAAUCACGUUCGAGAACUGCAGGAUGCCUUUGACCGUGGUGAGAAGCCGGUGUUUGACAGUUCCACAGACGUCCACACAGUGGCAUCGCUGCUAAAGCUGUACAUACGAGAGCUGCCAGAGCCUAUAAUCCCAUUCUCCAAAUAUACACAGUUCCUCUCUUGUGCUCAGCUACUUACCAAGGAUAAAGAAAUGGGUAUCAUAGAGCUGGGCAAACAGGUGAAAUCCCUUCCUCAGGUUAACUACAACAUCCUUAAAUACAUUUGCAAGUUUCUGGAUGAGGUUCAAUCUCACUCCAACGAGAAUAAGAUGAGUGUUCAGAACCUGGCUACUGUAUUCGGACCUAAUAUCCUUCGGCCCAGAGUGGAGGAUCCAGUUACCAUGAUGGAGGGAAGCUCACAGGUGCAACACCUGAUGACUGUGCUGAUCAGUGAACACUCCCGACUUUACCAACGUGAGGAACCAAAAACUGAAACUAAGGUUCCUCCACAGAGACAGGACAUCCAGCGGUGCAAAGUGGAAUGGGUUUCACAAGACGACACUGACCACCUGCCUUCCUCAGGCACAGGCUCCAAAACCCCGACAGAAACACCCCAAUCUUCCACCCCUUCUACAGAAAGUAAGACAGCUGCAUCGAGCCCUGUUACAUCGGAAAAGGGUGAGGAUGUUCGAAGUGAAGGGAAAAGCAAAAGUAAGACGGAGGAGAAGGCAGAUGGAAAAGCAGAUAGCAAAACUGAAGGGAAAAGUGGAAGUGAAGUGGCUGUUAGUCCGAGUAAACAGUCUAAAGCUUUGCCCUCCUGGAGGUGCUCCUUCAAGGGCACUGCAACCUCCGGAGGACCGAGAGGAAAAAUAGGGGGAUCGGCAGGGGAUGUGUCAGCAGCUGGUGGGAGCAACUGGCUGAUGAAUGGCCUGUCGUCCCUCCGAGCUCACAGGCGCACCACCUCAUCUGGCGAAAGACUGAAAGACUCUACUCUGUCUCUAAAGGAUUCAACCCUCUCCCUUAGAGAAACCACUCUUUCCCUCAAAGACUCACAAAGAGACUCUGAUGAAGACUCCUCUCGAACGUCCCUGUCUCACAGAGUCCUCCAGUCCCACAGACUGUCUGCCUAUGACAAUGUUGCCCCCUCUAGUCUAAGUCUGCCUGCGGACACUUCGUCCAUCUGGACGUCCUUUGAGAUCUCACUGUCUGAGCCCGAGGGAAGCGAUAAGGCAGUGAAAUUAGAACAGGGCCAAGAGAGGCCCACAGAGGUGAGGGACAGUACAAACACUGUGGAUCACAGUGCAAGCGGCAAUGAAGAAGAUCUCACGGGAGCAAACGAAGAUUUCACAGGCAUGCUGACCGAGCUCAAGCAGGAGCUGAAGAAACAGAGGACAAGCUAUGAAACCUGCAUUCGCAAGUUGGAAGAGUCCUGUUCCAAGUACCAGUCCCAAGUAAACCGCCUUGAGGAGGAACUGGACCAGGAGAAGAAGAAGUUUCACAUGCUAGAGAUCCGACUCAGGAACUCAGAGCGGGCGCAUCAAGAUGCAGAAAAUCGAAACAUUCUUCUCCAACAAGAGAUGGAGGAAUUCUUCAAGACCCUUGGGGACCUGACAACAGGUGCAACACGGACCAACUAGACCAGACCAACCUGCCUUCAUCUGGUCCAUCAGCAGGGGAGGAGCUCUGUUACUGGGAAGACCAACCAGCCCCAAAGCUUUGAAGACCAAAUACCUCUAGUGCAGUACUAAUUGCCAUCUUGCCCUCUUUAGUACAGCUGUCUUGUGCCUACACUGACCAGUGCCGGUGCCAAACGAGAACUCCUCUGGACCAAGCGCCUCUCAUUUGUCAUUCCAUAAAAGUCCUUACUAUUAUACACCAUAGGUCAUGUACCCAAUUAUUUACUGACUAAAUUCCUUUGUAAGAAACCAGAAAAAGCCUUAUUUAUGAGGUAGCCUUCCCAUACAUGCAAUGUUAGUGUACCCUUAGUCUUGAAAUAAGUGUUCAUUUGACAGUACAAGAAAAAAAAACAAUGUGAGACAUUAAAAGUCAACUCUUUUAUUUGCUGGAGUUGAAGGUAGACAGUUUCCAUUUUUGAAGUAUAUAAUUGGUCUGUUAGUGAGGCAAUUUCAGUUCCAAAGGCUAAAAUUCACGCAACUGGCAUUACCAAAACACACCACAAAAGGGUCACUCUCUGCAGACAGUGUUUGGCCAAAAAAAAGACUGCAGCAUCAUCCCAGUGGUGCUGAAUGGCUUUCCUCUCUUUCCCCUAAAUGUACCUGCACUAAUACCAGAUUUGCUCAGAGAAAACUCAUGCGUAGUCUAUUCUAUCUAUUUUUGAGGAGGUGGAGGAGGGGAAAACUACAAAAAAAAAAAAAAAAAAAAAAGAAAGCCACAACAGUCCGUUGAGAUGUGGCCAAGAGAGGGUCAGGACAUGCGUCACAAUCCCCAAAGUGCAUUCUGGGAGUUGAUGCUAGGGGUUACUGCCUGGAGUGCCCAACCAUGAAAAGGGCAACGGGACAGUUUGGGAAUUUGAGCCAUCAAAUACAUCCAAAGGUUACCAUGGCAGGUAGCAAAUGCCUGUUUCCUGACUCUCAGAAAACAUACAUACAUCUACAGUAAAAUGUACAGAUCGACCACUGACUAUACUAAUCUAUGAGUUAUACUGCACAGAAAACAAAAAAUGAAACAAAAUGCAUAUAAAUAGUACUUCUGAAUGAAAUGUACAUUACAUACAUUAGAUGUCUCCUAGCUUGAAAUAAAUAAAUAAAUAACAGUACAGAAAAAAAA